AAUUUUGGUGUAAGAAGCGGGGUAGGAAACAGAUAAGAGUCGAAGUGGAGGGGGGCGAUCAGACGAAAGUAGCCUCAGUGAGCGGAAUGUCAACAUUCUCAUGCAGAGGUGUGUUUUAGCAGCUGUGGCGUUUGUGAACGCAGCCUGAAUCCACUAUUUAUGCGGAAACUUUUGCACUGUUGAGCUGCAUCACCAUGUUUUGAGAAAGUAACUGAAGCAUGUAACAGGUUAAUGCAAUGGAUGCAUUUGGGAUUCAGGAACAUAAUACCUGUUCCUGCACCAGUGAUGCAAAAACAAGAAGUUCAAGCAGAGAGGUCAACUCAUUCAAACAGGAGAGGAUGGAGAAAGAGGAUAUGGAUGGGGAGGAAGAUGAGGAUGAAGCUCUGGCAGAGUUCUCUCAUCCAGUACCUUGGCAAAAAAUAGAGGCAGAAGGACUUGACUGUGAUUAUGCUUUACUGUUCUCCAAAGGUGACGCAGACAGACAUUUUAAACAACUGGAGGAAGAGAUUGUGUACUCAACAGGGGACGAAGCAAAGGUCCACCUGUUUGGACAGCUGCACAAUAUACCAAGGAAACAGGCAACAUAUGGAGAUGUUGGCGUGACCUACACUUAUUCUGGAGUGACUCGUUCCGCCUGUCCCUGGACUCCAACUUUGGAAUCCAUUCGAGAUGCUGUCAACAAUGUAACAGGGCAGACAUUUAACUUUGUCCUGGUCAACAGAUAUAAAGAUGGACAGGAUCACAUGAGUGAGCAUCGUGAUGAUGAAAAAGAGCUGGACCCUCGUUGUCCCAUCGCCUCUGUCUCUCUUGGAGCUGCACGGGACUUUGUAUUUAGGCACAGAGGUGCUCGGGGUAAACAGGGCUGCAGGCAGAUUGAACCUGUGAGGUUGGAGCUCACUCAUGGAAGCCUGCUCCUUAUGAAUCCACCCACCAACACUUUUUGGUACCACGCCCUUCCUGUGCGCAAGAAGGUCCUCCUUCCUCGCAUCAACCUCACGUUUAGACGCAUCAUACAGGGUGGCAAGAAUUAAGGUGAUCCUAGACCUGUCUUUUUCCACCUUGGCAUCGUGACCCCACGUGAGGUCACCUGAAAUGUCUAGUAACUGAUAAAAAGAGCCAGGAUCGGCCUUUGGACUCUUUCGUAGAAGAGCAUGUAGGCGUUAGAAGACAGCACCUCCUGCAGACUGGCCUUUCUUACGGAGUCGUCCGACACCCAGAGCCACUGGGAGCUGAAGGGUGAGCAGCUGCGAG